AUGAGCAAUGAAAGAAUUAACAAUGACUUUAGCAAAGAAGGCACUCUUUACCAGGUAGAGUACGCCUUGGAGGCAGCAAAAAAGGGAAUGCCGUGCGUUAUCGUGGGAACGCCCUCCUGCAUAGUCAUGGCAGCUUCCAAGCGCCUGCCAGAAAAACUUAUGGAUCCAGAGUACAUUUCCAGCUUCUUUGAGAUCCUCCCGGGCGUUGUUGGUGUGGCGAGCGGAUACCUGAUGGACAUACAGAUCACAGUUUCAGAUGUGAAAAAAGCUGCCAUGGAUCUGUACCACGACCUGGGAGAAGUGCCCACACCGGAUAUUAUAGCCAGGGAAAUGGCAGAUAAAUUCCAGCUCUACACGCAGGAGAGUUAUAAGCGCAUUUCAGCAGUGUUUCUGGCAAUUGUGGGGUACGAGAAAGAGUGCCCGAUGAUAUACUACACCGACUCGUCGGGCAUUCUUCUCCCAUACAAAGCCGUGGCCUUCGGAGAGGGCGGGUCGCUCAUGAUGAAGAAGCUGGAAAAGCUCUACACGCCCGAGCAGACGCAGGAGCAGGCAACAGAAAAUGCACUAAUUUCGCUUUCAGAGGCCCUGGGCGCUGACUAUUUGGCCACAAACGUGGAGCUCGCGGUUUUCACGGCCAAGGAGGGCCUUCGCCGAGCAACCACAGACGAAAUUGACGGGUUCUUGGUGGAGAUUGCAGAGAAAAUAUAG